GGAUAUGGAUGGCUACAGUAUUACUAAGGCAGUGCGGGGUAGUAUUAUCAGUGCGUCAUCAGCCAUGCAACAGNUUCAUUCUCUUUUCAGAAAAGUCAUGUUCAAACCAAUUGUCCAACCAUUUCUCACAAGACGCUCCUUUGCAACCUUCCGUACACUCGCCGCCGCCAUGUCAGACACUUCGACUUAUAAGUUUAACCACACCAUGCUCCGGGUCAAGGACCGAUCCGUCAAGUUCUACGAGCACCUCGGCAUGAAGAUGGUCAACAAGAUGGAGAACCCCGAUGCCAAGUUCGAUCUCUACUUCAUGGCCUACGACGACCCCAAGUCUGUUUCCCACGGCAAGCACUGGUCAGACCGCGAGGGCCUUAUUGAAUUGACCCACAACUAUGGUACCGAAAAGGACGACAACUACACAGUCAACAACGGCAAUGGCAAGGNNGAGAACCGCGGUUUCGGUCACGUCUGCAUCAGCGUCGACAACAUCCAGGAUGCCUGCAAGCGUAUCUCUGAUGCCGGCUACUCGUUCCAGAAGCGCCUCGAGGACGGCCGCAUGCGUUCCAUCGCUUUUGCUCUUGACCCCGACAACUACUGGGUCGAGAUCAUCUCCCAGAACCCCGUCAGUGAGACUGAGGGCAAGAAGUCAGACGUUUCCACAUACCGCAUGAACCACACCAUGAUCAGAGUCAAGGACGCUGAAAAGUCACUCAAGUUCUACCAAGAAGUCAUGGGCAUGACCCUGCAGCGUACCUCGGAGCAAAAGGAGGCUGGCUUCACUCUCUACUUCCUCAGCUACGGUCCCAAAGCCCCUGAGCAGUCUGCAAAUGGCGUCAACCCUAUUGCUGACCGUGAGGGUAUUCUUGAGCUCACAUGGAACCAUGGCUCCGAGAGCGACGACAGCGUCAAGUACCACAACGGCAACGAUGAGCCACAAGGANUGUAUGUCACAGGCUUUUGUCCUUGUCUUCCAACUCGAAUAUAUGCUGACCUAUCUCAAGUCGGCCACACCUGCGUCUCUGUCGACGACUUGGACGCUGCCUGCAAGCGCUUCGAAGACAUGAACGUUUCAUGGAAGAAGCGUCUGACAGACGGCAGAAUGAAGAAUGUUGCCUUUAUCCUCGGUAAGCACUUUGCCAAUUUUCAAUACAGA